AUGGCCACGUCAUCGUCUUCCUCUACAGUAAGCACACCUCUUCCGGCUAUAACGCCCAGCACGGUCGUAAAACAGAAGCGUACACUUGGCUCUACUACAUUGCGCAACACCAAGAAGCCUGAACCAAAAGAGUUGUCUGCCAGUGCAUCGGUCUCUACGUCUUCUCAGGUUCCUGCAGCAGUACCAGAUGCCGCAGCACCAGCAACAACAUCUGCGGAAACCACAGUCGGAACAAAUGCAGAUGUUGGCGCAAUCCCUACCAUCCCGAACUCAGCGAAAGCAUCCAAAGCACCCUCGCGAUUCCGCUCAAGUUUCCUAAAUAAAAGCUUGCGCCAUGCUAUUGAAGAAAAACACUCUUCGGUGUCAGACCUUGAUGCUGUUUUAAAUGAGCCGAGUCCUUUCCACGAUGCAGCCGAUUCGCAUAGAAGCACCGAUGAGCCAAUUGAACCGUCGGUGCCAGUAGCAUCGCAAGAGACAAGGCGGGCUCGUGCGAGCCACACUGCCCAUUCAUCUGGACCAUCACUUGAUGCACUGCGCACACGAUUGGAGAGCGUGCGUCGCGCGAGCACGACACCGAGCACCAGUGCAUUUGGUGGUAACGCGAUUGCGUCUACAUCUGAGCGUCGUGGAAGCACAUUAUCACGGUCUGCUUUUCUUGAUACCCACUUUUCGGAGACGAGCAAACUAUCUACGGCUAUGUCAUCUUGGGAUGCACGCAAUGAUGUGCAUGUUAAGACUAUGUCGGAGAUAGAUGCAGAUACUCGACCUGCUAAACACGACGAGCAAGACCGUACUUUGAGAAGACAUGCUAUGGAGCUGGAAUCUGAUGCAAUGCAACAGAUUGCAGUAGAAACGGCCGAAGAAAUGACUUCUGAUGCGACCCCUGCAUCAGCCCAUGAGUCUGCAGCCAAGGCAGACUCCCAAAUGGCGCGAGACUCAGCAUUUGAGACGAUGCCUGGCUUGGCACUCGAAACGGCAUCGAAAAUGUUGCCUCAGAUGCAGCAACAUCCUCCACAAAGGCAUCCAUCCGACACUGCACUUGAACCGGCACCAAAGUCACAGCCUGCAGCCAAGUCAGAGCUCAUGUCUUCAGCUCAGACUAAGAAUGAAUCCCACUUCCAGCAAGAGGAUCUAUUCGACAGGGUGAAUGAUCAUCGGUCUGAAGCGGCUGAAGUAAACACAAUACCUAGCUCUCGGCCCGAGCUUGCCCCGGCCGACCUGAUGGCAGACGCGGCAGCAGGCUCGACUUCUGAUCGUUCUGCCUUUGCCUAUAAUCAGCCUCCAUCACGCUCAGAAAUAAGUGGAUCACCAACAGUGGUCCGCGAGGAAGAUCGCAGUAUUCAAAUUACGCGCUCAUUGGCAGAUCACCAAAUGACCGACUCGUCUAGUCACGCAAGCACAGCGUUGCUGCCUGCUUCCCCCAUGUCCAGUCCUCAGCGUGACCAUACAGAGAAAACUCACUCGCAGCCUUCUGUUUUUCAACGGCCCAUCACAUCAACUACAAACAGUGCAACGUCACACAUCCCUACUCCAAAAGGACGCUCACCUGGCCGGCUGCGUGAGGAGCUUCUCUCGCCCUUCCGUUCACGUAUCGCAGAUGGGUCGCCAUCUCGAUCACGGCUGCCUGUCUCGCCAGCGAGACUGGGUACAUCAAAAAUUCCUAGUCCAUCGGGCCGGAAACCCGUCCAAAUGGUUGAUCGGCGCGGUGUAUCGCCUGGCCUACAAAGUCCAGCCUCAGCGUCUGUGAUGCGUCCUGCUUCUGUCGCUGAUACACGCUCUGUCCAGCCUGGCUUUGGCUCGCGGAUUAAGGGUCUUUUUGGACUCAGUACUUCCUCAUCACGUCCGGCAAGUGUGUUGCAAAAUUCGACCAUGACACCCCAUCAUGCUGCAUCUGUGGAUCUGGAGCUCAGUCAGCCAAUUCCAGGCUCGUUCCAAAGCGAUGUGCCAAAGCCACAUUUAUCGGCAUCAACAUCCGUUGUGCCACCUUCUCAUGGGUCAGGGCGAACGACCAAGGCAUCAACUCCCAUAAAACUCAAGCCGUGGCAAUCUGCCAGCACUUCUUCUGGGCAUGCUAUGCGACCGAAUUCUGUCCAAUCAUCGACACGUCUCGCAUCAAGCACCACAGCUAGCAUGAACAGUAGUGGUGGUCGCAUCAGCAGCAACAGAAAAAACAGUGUCCAAAGCAGCGCAAGUGCCUCUUCUCAAGCCCGCCCGCCACAGCGAAUUUCCAGUGUCACGCGUCCUGCCUACGCAUACGAUGCACACGGCAAGCGCCGCAAGCUAUCGCAGCAUCCACUGUCUGAGUCGACGAACCAGGAUGACCGAGUGUCGUCAGAGGAUGCACUCAAGAACAAACUGACUACAUCUGCGUCCAAGUUCUCCUUGUCAUCUUCAGCUGCGCAACCAGCACGUCCCUUGACCAAAACUGUGCGUGCAUCGAAUGCGUCGAUCACUCCACGGCCACCUCCAACAAAUGCUUCCGCACGUGUGAGGACGCCUGCUGGUGGAAACACUCCAUCUCGAGCACCCGCACAGCCGCCGAGAUCCAGUGCUAUUAGCACGAACAACGUGUUUCAGCAAAAGCCAGCAGCCCAGCCAGUCGUGGGGGCCGCCGAGCUCAUGGAUGCGGAAGACCUUCCCGACGUUGCAAGCGAGUAUUCGGACUCAGACGAUGAGGCCUGUAUGCGGAAACGCAAAUUGGAACCGUCUUGGACACGUGGUCGUGAGUUGGAAGAUUUGCUCUUGCAGCAAUCAACGGUCGAUCCCGACGAAAUCUUUGGGUGCCAGGUUGGUCCUGUGCCAUUGGAUGCGAUGCUGCCGCCUCGCAAAGGCGAUCGUCGUCGCAUGAGACAUCGAACAAGCUCAGCGAAUUGGAACGGGCCCGACGGGCUUGCCCAAUGGGAAAUCGACAGAUAUAACGAACGCAUGGGUAUUCGUUCAUCUACCGCAACUUCAUCCAUGUCUGGUUCAUGA